CCCAAGUUCUGUUACUAUUUCUCCCGGGAAAAUUUAACUAAAAACCCAAGAAUAUUAUUCUCCUCCUACAAUCCCCUCUUCUUCUUCUUCCUCCUAGGGUUUGUUUCAGAAAUCUCCUAAAAUCCUCUAUGGAAAACCCCAGCUCAGACUCCAUACACUCUAAUCACUCACCUCCUAAUCCAAAUCUUAAUCCCAAGACUCCUAAUAAUAAUAAUAAUCAUCUAAUCCCGGGAUUAAAUUCCUAUCAUCCUUCCCCUUCACGUUCUAUUUACAGUGACCGUUUUAUUCCCAGCAGAUCUUCUUCUAAUUUUGCUCUUUUUGACUUGCCACUGUCGUCUUCCUCGCAUUCUAACUCUAGAGAGGAUUCUAGCAAUGCGUAUACUUCUCUUUUGCGUACUGCGUUGUUCGGGCCUGAUUCUGGGCCUGUAUUGCCUCCUGUUACACCGGAGAAAAACAUUAGUUUAAAUGGCAGGAAUUUGCAGAGUAUUAGACCCAAUCGCAAUAUUUUUCGGUAUAAGAGUGAGACCCAUCAAUCUUUGCAUACUUUGUCUCCUUUUGGGUUUGAUGAUCAGCUGCUACCUGGUGUUAGUGGUCCUAGCCCUGUUAAGGCUCCCCGAAAAGUUCCAAGAUCACCUUAUAAGGUAUUAGAUGCACCUGCGUUGCAAGACGAUUUUUAUCUGAACCUUGUGGACUGGUCUUCGCAUAAUGUAUUAGCUGUGGGACUGGGGAGCUGUGUAUAUCUGUGGCAUGCAUCUAGUAGCAAGGUAGUGAAGUUGUGCGACUUGGGAAAUGAUGAUAAUGUUAGUUCAGUUGGGUGGGCACAGCGGGGUACACAUCUUGCUGUUGGAACAAGUAAUGGGAAAAUUCAGUUAUGGGAUGCCUCUUGCAGUAAGAGGAUAAGAACAAUGGAGGGACAUCGACUAAGAGUCGGUGCGCUAGCUUGGAGCUCAUCCCUAUUGUCUUCAGGAAGCCGGGACAAGAGUAUUCUUCAGCGUGAUAUACGAGCUCAAGAAGAUUACGUCAGUAAGCUAAGUGGUCACAGGUCAGAGGUUUGUGGGCUCAAAUGGUCUUAUGAUAACCGUGAAUUAGCUUCUGGUGGAAAUGAUAACAGACUUUUAGUGUGGAACAACCAUUCAACACAACCUAUAUUAAAAUACUGCGAGCAUACGGCUGCUGUGAAAGCGAUUGCAUGGUCCCCUCAUCUUCAUGGGCUUCUUGCCUCUGGUGGUGGCACAGCGGAUCGAUGCAUUCGAUUCUGGAAUACAACCACUAACACACACCUCAGCUGCAUAGACACUGGCAGUCAGGUCUGCAAUCUUGCGUGGUCGAAGAACGUAGAUGAAUUAGUCAGCACUCAUGGUUACUCACAAAACCAAAUAAUACUCUGGAGGUAUCCUACAAUGUCCAAGAUAGCCACUCUGACGGGCCAUACAUAUAGAGUCUUAUAUCUUGCCAUCUCUCCAGAUGGACAGACGAUUGUGACUGGAGCAGGAGAUGAAACACUUCGAUUCUGGAAUGUCUUCCCUUCUCCUAAAUCUCAGAAUACCGAUACUGAAAUUGGGGCAUCUUCUCUUGGUAGAACAAAAAUCAGGUGACUGCAAUGUAAUUAUUUUUAGGCACUGGUUAAAGUUGUUUUAUCGUGAAGCACAAGCAGUGAGGAGGUGCGAACUGAUCUGUCUGAUGAGGGCACUUGUAACGGGAAAGAGUUGCAGGAAGCUGUAAGACUUAAUGUGCAGCUGAUAGGAUGAUGAUCUCUAUCAUCUUUCAAAUUUAUGUAUUAGAGUGAUUAUUCUAUUCAUAGAUCAAAGUGUACAGUUGGAGAUGUUAUUUAAUUCUCAUUAACAUCCUUGGGGCGUUCUGUAAUAUAGGAGAGAGGGAGCGUGUUCUUUGGGGGGACAUCCAAUUUUUUUCGCGAACUUGUGAUCUUGUUUGUACAUAAAGUUGUCUUUUUCUAUUUUCUGCCUUCUAAUUCA